CCAGCAUGAAUCAUACGGGAGGUACUGGAUCUGAUCGCUAUGUGGGGAGAGGAUUCCACGCUAGCAGAACUAUGUUUCAAAAGACGAAAUGCCAAAACAUUUGAAAAAAAUCUCCAAGGGCAUGAUGGAGAGAGGCCACAAUAGGGACUCACUACAGUGCCGCGUGAAAGUUAAGGAGCUCAGACAAGCCUACCAGAAAACCAAAGAAACAAAUGGAAGGGCCGGGUCAGAGCCACAAACAUGCUGCUUCUACACUGAGCUGCAUGCAAUUCUAGAGGAGGCCACCACCACUACCCCACCUCUGACCGUGGAUUCCAAGGAGGGAGUAGUCUCAGCCAUGCCUGAGGAUUCUGUGGACAGGGAAGAUGAGGAGAAGGAGGAUGAGGACAAGCUUGCAGAGAGCACGCAGCACUCCGUUCUCCCCAACAGUCAGGAUCUUUUUCUCAGCCUGAAUGAAGUACCCUCCCAACCCUUCCAAGGCAAUAUCCCAGAUCAUGAAGCCAUGGAAGGGACCUCUGCUGCAAAUUUUUCAAGCCUCCCUCCUCCGUCCCGAUGGCUAUCUCAGAUAAGGCAGCGAUAAAACCAGACGCAAGACUAAAUGUUCUCUGAAAUCAUGGAAUCCACCCGCAAUGAAAGUGCUCAUCUGAAUGAGUGAAAGGACAUGGUAUCAGUACAGGAAAGAUGCCAGUGAACAUGAGGACAGGAGGGACCAACGUGAGGACAUGAGGGACCAACGUGAGGAGAGGAGAGAUGCUCAAGAUGAGAGGUGACAACAGGAAGAUCAGAGGAGGCAGGAUGCAAUGCCUGGGGCUUCUGCGUGAGAAAACGGACAUGGCCUGGUGUCUGGUGGAGCUUCAGGAACAGCACCAGGAUCACAGAGUGCCGCUGCAGCCCCUCUAUAACUGCCUCCCUCCCAAGUUCCAAGGCCACCUCACCCAGACGUGUAAGAAUGCGGUGGGGGAGGCUCUGUGCACCCUCCCACUCCACACCAGUGCACAGCCUAAGCAAAAGGCUGUCAUUAUUUUGAACUUUUUUAGUAGCCUUUUCCUUCCCUCCUAUCCUCCUCCUAAACCCCACCCGGGCUAACUUGUCAGUUCUCUCCCUCUUUUUAUAAUCAAUUAAUAAAGAAUACAUGAUUUUUAAAUGAUAGUGACUUUAUUUCCUUUGAAAGCAAGCUAUGAUCAAAGGGGGAGGGUGGGUUGCUUACAGAGAAUGAUUCAAUCAAGAGGGCAGGUUUUCAUCAAGGAGAAACAAACAGAACUUUCACACUGUAGCCUGGCCAGUCAUGAAACUGGUUUUCAAAACUUCUCUGAUGCACAGCGCUUCCUAGUGUGUUCUUCUAAUCGCCCUGGUGUCUGGCUGCGCAUAAUCAGUGGCCAGGCGAUUUGCCUCAACCUCCCACCCAGCCAUAACGGUCUCUCCCUUACUGUCACAGAGACUGUGGAGCACACAGCAAGCAGCAAUAACAAUGGGAAUAUUGGUUUGGCUGAGGUCUGAGCAAGUCAGUAACGUGCGCCAGCGACCCUUUAAAUGUCCAAAUGCACAUUCUACCACCAUUCUGCACUUGCUCAGCCUGUAGUUGAACAGCUCCUGACUAUUGUCCAGGCUGCCUGUGUAUGGCUUCAUGAGCCAUAGCAUUAAGGGCUAGGCUGAGUCCCCAAGGAUAACUAUAGGCAUUUGAACAUCCCCAACGGUUAUUUUCUUGUCUGGGAAGUAAAUCCCUUGCUGCAGCUGUUUAAACAGAUUAGUGUUCCUGAAGACGCGAGCCUCAUGAAUCCUUCCUGGCCAUCCCACGUUAA